CAAUUACGGAAUUGUUCCACAAAUUUGGUCAGUGAAAAUACACCAUCGCCGAAGAAUGAUAGAGGAAAAAGAAUUCAAAAAAGACGUCACUCACCUCAAUCGGGUACCCAUGGUGCAGUUGCAUUUUAUGCGUACAUGUCAACCAUUUUACUUUCACCAAGUUCUCAACAUGUUCUCGUGUUUGAUGUUGUCAAGACAAACACUAGAAACGCAUAUCGCCCCACAACAGGGGUGUUCAAAGUUCCAGAGUCGGGAGUCUACGUUUUCACCUGGACUUUUCGAACUGGCGGAAACCGUUACCAUUCCAUUCAGUUAAUGAUAAACAAUGAGGACUGCGGUUCUGUGUAUCUCCACCCAGUGAAUGGCGCCGAGAUAGAGGAGACUGGGAUUGUCGUGACUCACGUUAACGCUGGAGACGACGUUUACGUCAGAACACAUUCGUCACUUCCUUUAGGGGUUUCCCAUUACAUCCAAAGUGACACACAUGGAAGGUCGUCUUUUGCAGGAUGGAAACUUUUUUGAAAGCUUUCAAGAGUGCAUUUUGAAAUUGUAUGCAUAAAAUGACAAAAUUUGAAAUUCAUUUUACAAGCCGAUAUUUCUGCUACAGGCAUUCAAUAUUUGUAUAUUUUAUGUGUGAACAGUUAAACAAUAUGACGAAGGCGUCAGCUUGAAAAAUUACCAAGAUGUAUGUGACCAAUAUUGAAACUGACGUGUCAUCGAGAUGUAUGUGUCUAUGUGACCAAUAUUGAAACUGACGCGUCACAGAGAUGAAUUUGACCAAUAUUAAAACUGACGCGUCACCGAGAUGAAUUUGACCAAUAUUGAAACUGACGCGUCACCGAGAUGAAUUUGACCAACAUUGAAACUGACGCGUCACCGAGAUGAAUUUGAUCAAUAUUGAAACUGACGCGUCACCGAGAUGAAUUUGAUCAAUAUUGAAACUGACGCGUCACCGAGAUGAAUUUGACCAAUAUUGAAACUGACGCGUCACCGAGGUGAAAAUGACCAAUAUUGAAACUGACGCAUCACCGAGGUGAAAAUGACCAAUAUUGAAACUGACGCGUCACCGAGAUGAAUUUGACCAAUAUCGAAACUGACGCGUCACCGAGAUGAAUUUGACCAAUAUCGAAACUGACGCGUCACCGAGAUGAAUUUGACCAACAUUGAAACUGACGCAUCACCGAGGUGAAAAUGACCGAUAUUGAAACUGCCUCUAUGAUUCUAACGUAUUCAUAGGAGAAAGUUGUUUUACUAAAAUAAGGAAACAGUACAUCUUGCGUGCUAGUUACAAUACACUCAAAAGUUGAACUUCUAUAGCGAUAAGAUUAGAGACUGCUGGCAUUUAUCUAUAUAAGGCAGGAUUGAGGUAAACAUUGAAGAACCAUCAGACAAUUGCAAUAGUCUCUUAUUUGCUGUAUUCGCACUGCAUUUACUAAAAUAAAACGAUGACAGAAUGGUUUACACUCGUCCUCGUAUUUUCUAUCCUGAAAUACUGGACUUCCGCUUCAAACAUUGAUGGACCUGACCGAAUCAGAGAAACAUUGAAAAUUCUUCAAAACACCGUGGACGACUUGACGGACAGUGCUUUAAUUUCAAAACAACGAAAUGAAUAUUUGGAACUAAAGUUAUCCGAGAACAGAGAUGAACUCAAGCAGUUGAAGAUUCAAUAUGAUAGAAAUAUUCACGAACUGGAGGCUCGCGUGCGUGAACUAGAGGUCGCUGCAAUGAACCGAGACCGUCAGGUUAUCACACUGAAACAAGAGAAAGAGGAAGACAGGGAAUACAUCCACAAGGUAGAACAGCGCCUUGCAAGAUUGGAGAAAAAACAUGAAUUAACUUUUGAAAAUGCUUAUCAACUACGAAAUACUUCUACAAAUUUGGCCUGGGAAGAUAUGCGAUCACCUUAUGAUGACAGCACAGAGAGAGAUCAAAAAAGACUUCUCACACCUCCAUCAACUACCCAUGGUGCAGUUGCAUUUUAUGCCUACAUGUCAACCAUUUUACCUUCACCAAGUGCGCAACAUGUUCUCGUGUUUGAUGUUGUCAAAACAAACACCGGAAACGCAUAUCACCCCACAACAGGGGUGUUCAUGGUUCCGGAGUCGGGAGUCUACGUUUUCACCUGGACUUAUCGAAUAGGUGGCGAUCAUGACCAUUCGAUACAAUUAAUGAUAAACACAGAGGACUGCGGAUCUCUUUAUCUCCAUGCAAUGAGCGGUACUGAGAUGGAGGGGACUGGGAUUGUCGUGACUCACGUUAACGCUGGAGACGACGUUUACGUCAGAACACACGCAUCAUACCAAGUAGGGACGUCGCAUUACAUCCAAAGUAAUACAUACGGGAGAUCCUCUUUCGCAGGGUGGAAACUCUUUUAAAGCUUGUUCGCAUUUCAAAAUGUACCCAGAAUUCAUUAAAAUUGAAAUUCAUUUCA